GAUACUUUACAGAGGAGGGAUGUAUUGAAACAGACUCCUGCUACUUACAGCACCGUGUAGCAGCCCAGCUCCUACAUUUUGCUGCCUACUCUGCCCUGAAUGCACCGGAGAGGGGAUGGUCCGUCAUUAAUUAUAAACUGAUUCUCAUCAGGAAACUGCACAUUAUCUCACCAUCACUUCAAAGGUCUCGUCAGGCAGAGGUGACGCCAGGAGAUGAUUUAAAGGUGAAAAUGACAAGGUUUCCAGCCUUCAAACCUUGGCUCCUCUUUUGACAAUACAGUCUGAAUGAACCCGAUGUCUCCUUUAUUGUGGAAAUAGCAUCAGAAGAGAAGAAACAUUUUUUAAAAAAUCCUGAUAAAGAAGACUAUUGGAAGCUCUCUUUAAAAAUAUCUCGAAUUGUGGCACAGAUGGGUUUUAGAAAGUGGUAGAGCUUUCCAAUGAACACUAACAGAGAGCUCUGCUCCUGGCUGGAUUUCUCAGAGCAUGGCGGUGGUCUCGGCGAUGUCCUGGGCCCUGUACCUGUGGAUAAGUGCCUGUGCCAUGCUGCUCUGCCACGGAGCCCUCCAGCACACCUUCCAGCAGCCCCACCUGCACAGACCAGAAGGAGGGACGUGUGAAGUGAUAGCCGCGCACAGAUGCUGUAAUAAGAACCGCAUCGAGGAGCGGUCGCAGACGGUGAAGUGCUCCUGUCUACCUGGGAAAGUGGCCGGAACGACCAGGAACCGGCCUUCCUGUGUGGACGCCUCCAUAGUGAUUGGGAAAUGGUGGUGUGAGAUGGAGCCUUGUCUUGAGGGAGAAGAAUGUAAGACGCUCCCUGACAAUUCCGGAUGGAUGUGCGCCACAGGCAAUAAGAUUAAGACCACAAGAAUUCACCCAAGAACCUAACAGAAGCAUUGAUUAUAGUAAUAAAGGAAACCAACUCUGCGGAAAAUACCUUUUAAGAAUUUAAAACAUCUAGCACAUUACAAGCCAAAUGGAUUUCUUACUUGCACUUUGACUGGUUACCAGCUAAUCACAGUGCUUUUACUGUGUGUCAUGAAGUAUCCUAUAAUGGGAAGACCUGGAGAUUUGGCCAACACCAUGGAAAGUGGGUUCCAGAAAAAAAGGGUUUUCUCAAUGAAAAUUAUGGGGAUUAUGAAGAAUGAGCAACUGUCUUCUAAUAUGGAUCUAUAGUUACUUUGUACCAUUUGAAAUAUAUGUAUAUAUAAUAUUUUGAAAUAUUAUAUAUUCUCUUCAAGAAAUGAACAGUGCCACAGUUUGAGACAGCUGGUGUAUCACUUUGAGUUUUAGAUGCUUUGCUUUGUUGCUUUUUGUUGUCAUUUCUUUUUCUACUGGCAAGGAAGACGUGCCCUUUUGAGAGUUCAGCAGGGCACUCACACUGCAAGGCCAGCUCCCCGUGGACUCCUGGAAUCUGAGCGUCACAAUACUGAAUCAAGAGCUUCCUUCCGUUUGUAUCAGAUGCCCAAGGAAGUACGCGUCCUGCUUUAUUGCUUUCUGCCCUGUGCAAUAGUAGCAUGCAAGCUUGGCUUACAUAACCAUACUUUAUAUUCAACUGAUAUAUAAUAACAGUUUUAACCUCUUCCAGGAAAAUAUUUUCAGAAUACUAGCGUUUACACAGAUAAGAAAGAGAGGAUGCUGGAGAUUGCUGCUCCACCACACUGUUAAGACUGGCGGAGUUGUGGUAGGAUAUGGAUCCCUGUAUUAAUAAGCCCUGUAAAUACAGUGUCCUGAGGCUUUGUACAGCUGUCCUAGACUGCAGGAAUGCCCUUGAUUAGUCCAAAGUCUGGCAUCAUUAAGUAUAGUGCUGUAGCAACAAGUCUCAUCAUGGCAUCUUUUUCUAUGUUUGAUUUGCUUUUUCUAAGAGUAUUCAGAUCUCUCUGGUUAGAUAGGAAGACCAUUAAAGCAAUUGGGUUUCAGAAUAAUCUAUGUGACCAAAUGUUGGACAGCCCUAUUAAAAUGGUAAAUAACUUCUUUCUAAA